GGUUGGUAAUCCCAUCCAAGUUUUUGCCCAAUUUAAUUGCCAUUCUAAAUUAACACAGGAGAAUAAAUAAGAGUUAUGAGGAGAAUCAAGGGCAGAACAGAAAGAAAUCAGGCAGCAUUACUCCUCCUCUGCUCUGGCGCUUAGGGCAAGUUCCAACUCUUUACUCUCUAAGAAUCAGACCUGGUGUGUAUGGUUCAGACAAGAGGGAACAUUCAGAUCUAGCCUGAGGAUUUCAUCAGAUAUCGCCAAAUGGUUUGUACGACGGAAGGGCGACGAAUUUGUGCGUCGAAGAACAGGGAAGGUUCGCAAACUGAGAGAUCGGUGAAAUCCAGCACAUCGAGACCUUCUGUCGAGGAUAGCGCUUCCGCAAGAGAUGGAUCCGCCGCGAAGAAAAAAUCGAAGAUGCCGGAUGUCAGUGGCCACCGCUCCCAGCAGAAACACUCUUCUGCGUGCAGAAGCAGCCGCACUUCCUUGUUAGGGCAUGGAGAUUGUGAUCAGAAGUUUAAGUUUUCUGUCACGAGGCAGCGAAGUCGAAAGAGCAAAGAUUUUGAGAAAAUGGCUGUGAGGGCGACCAUUCUCGCGUGGCUUGUGGACACCGGCACAGUUCAAGAAAAUGCAGAGGUGUAUUCAAUGGAUGAGACAACUGGGCAGAUGAAGAACAGAGGGAUCCUAAAGAUAGACGGCAUUUUAUGCUUCUGCUGCAAUAAAAUUUUCAGUGUUCCAAACUUUCAUCUUCACGGUGGGAGGAGCUGCAAGAAACCAUACAAGAACAUCUUCAUUUCAGACACUAAUGUCCCUUUGCUGUCUUACAUGGCUGAAGCGUGGAAUGAGCCAGGAGAAUCUGAGAGCCAUAGGUUUAAUGCAGUCGAGGCAAGAGGAGACAUUUAUGAUGAUGCUUGUAUGGUUUGUGCCGACGGAGGAAACUUAAUGUGCUGUGAAAAAUGCAGUUCAACUUAUCAUCAGGUGUGCUUGGGGAUGGAGAAUGUCCCGGAAGAUUCUUGGUACUGCCCAUAUUGUGUGUGCAAGUUUUGCUUAAAACCAUCCCAUGAAAAUGAUUUCUUGAUCAUUUGCCCUCAGUGUGAUAAAAGAUAUCAUUGGGAAUGCCAUAGAAUGAUAGAACAAAGGAUGGAUCUCAAUAGCAUCCCUGUUCCUCCAUUUUGUGACCAAAGCUGCAAAGAGGUGUUUGAUAAGCUAACAAAAUCCAUGCUUGGGAAACAAAUGGAUUUGGGAGAAGGCUAUUCAUGGACUCUUCUUCACCGAAUAGAUGAUGAUGAGGAGUUCAACAUCUACAUUGGUGAAAAUGAAGACUAUAACUACUGGAGGACAAUGUGCAACUCCAAGCUUGUGGUUGCACGACGGCUCAUGGAAGCGUGUUUUGAGCCCAUUAAAGAUCGGCACACAAGGGUAAAAAUCAUUCCAAGUGUUGUCUACAAUUGCAGAUCGAAUUUUCGACGGGUUAGCUAUGGAGGCUUUUACAGUGCUGUUCUAGAGAAGGAUGAUGAGAUAAUUUGUGUGGCAUCCUUGAGGGUUCAUGGAAGGAGCCUUGCAGAGAUGCCUUUCAUAGCAACACAUGAGGAUUACAGAUGCAGAGGAAUGUGUGCAAAGCUAAUGGCUGCGAUUCAAUCGGGGCUGUGCGACAUGAGGGUGAAGAAUCUGGUGAUCCCAUCAGUGCCUGAGAAGAGUAAGAACUGGAUAUCAGGACAUGGGUUUUUGUAUUCAGACAAGGCGAAGAUGAGGACGAGGGCGAGGACAGACAUGACGAAUGUGAUUGAGGAUCAAAUCAGGGCGCACAGUACAGUGAUGUUCCAUGAUUCUGUGAGGCUGCACAAACCUAUUAUGCCAUCACAGUAAGCAUUACCGCUAUCAUUUCCUAAAAAUUGAUAACUGCAGGAGUUUUUUCGGAUGUUAACUUGUUUGUUUGUUUGUUUGUAUGCUACUAUGUUUGUAAUUCCUAACACCAACUUAGCAGCUUUCUUUCUUAUUCUUCUGUUGAUUGUGUUGAAUAUGUCCCACAUUGAAAAAUAUGUGGGAACUCUUUUCGUUUAUAAGGUUGAAGGACUAUUCUAUCUAAUAUCAAUUGAUUUUAGGUUGAAAGUUCGGAUCCCUUCUUAAUAGCCAUGACGUCCAUAUUUGGACAUUGAUCCUAUAUGGAUUUUCGAGAUUAUCAUCUCGAGGGAGAUGGUUGAAUAUGUCACAUAUUGAAAAUAUGUGAGAACUAUCUUGGCUUAUAAGAAUGAAGUUUGGAUCUCUUUUGAACAGAUUGUAUGUAUACAUGAAUGUGGGUAUAUAUGCA